ACCCCAUCUUCUUCAUCAUCCUCCUGAUGAUCUGAAACUCUCUCUCUACGCCUUAAGAAUUUGAGAGAGAGAGAGAGAGAGAGGAGAAAACCAUGCAGUCCCGGUUCACAACCUUGGUUCGAGCUCUAAAACCGGCCUCAAUCUCAGCCACCACCACAAUCACCAAGCCCUUCUCAUCCACCGUCCAAACCCCUUCCACCACUACCACCACCAACUCCGAGUUCCCGCAAACCCUAGCGGACCUCCGAGCUCGCUUGGCCGCCGAAUCCCCCGCUCUCUCUGACUUCGUCAAGGACCUCAAAUCCAACACUUCCUACUCCGUCGAGGUCGGCACCAAGAAGAAACCCCUUCCCAAGCCCAAAUGGAUGAAGGAAGCCAUUCCUGGCGGUCAAAAAUACGUCCAGAUUAAGAAGAAGCUCAGGGAAUUGAACCUCCACACUGUUUGCGAAGAAGCUCGGUGCCCCAAUCUAGGUGAAUGCUGGUCCGGCGGCGAGACCGGCACUGCCACCGCCACUAUCAUGAUUCUCGGUGAUACUUGCACUCGGGGUUGCAGGUUUUGCAAUGUGAAGACAUCGAGAACUCCACCGCCGCCGGACCCCAGUGAGCCCACAAAUGUAGCGGAAGCGAUCGCAUCGUGGGGUUUGGAUUACGUGGUGAUUACAAGUGUGGACAGGGAUGAUCUUUCUGAUCAAGGGAGUGGCCAUUUUGCUGAGACGGUGCAGAAGCUCAAAUUGCUCAAACCAAAUAUGCUAAUAGAAGCUUUGGUUCCUGAUUUUAGAGGAGACCCAGGUUGUGUAGAGAAAGUAGCAAGUUCUGGAUUAGAUGUCUUCGCUCACAAUAUUGAAACAGUUGAGGAGCUUCAAAAUGUAGUACGGGAUCACCGUGCGAAUUUUAAGCAAUCUUUAGAUGUUCUAAUGAUGGCCAAAGACUAUGCUCCAGCUGGAACACUUACAAAAACUUCAGUAAUGUUAGGCUGCGGGGAAACACCUGAUCAAGUAGUGAAGACAAUGGAGAAGGUGAGAGCAGCAGGUGUUGAUGUAAUGACCUUUGGUCAGUAUAUGCGACCUUCCAAGCGCCAUAUGCCUGUUUCUGAAUACAUUACACCUGAGGCCUUUGACAAGUAUCAGACUCUUGGCAUGGAAAUGGGAUUUCGGUAUGUGGCAUCAGGCCCCAUGGUUAGGUCAUCAUAUAAAGCAGGUGAGUUUUAUAUAAAAUCAAUGAUAGAAUCUGAUCGAGCUGCAUCUUCUCGGCAUUCUGUCUCCUGAUUAAGUUCCACUUUAACAUUCACCAAACCAAAGGUCCCCCCUGUUCUUUUUUUCUUUUUUUUUCUUCUUUUCAUUCUUAUACGGUAAUUUUUGUACAAGCUCAUAAAACCCCCGCAUCACUGUAUAAACAUACAUGGGCUUUGAUCAAGCUUACAUGGGAUAAUUCACUCUCAUUUGUAAUUAGAGGCAGAUUCUACCUCUGUGAUCCUUACAGUCUUUUGUUUUUUCAAAAGAAAAAAUUAAAUACUGCUGUUCUUUUACCUGGUAA